AUGGCCAGGUUGGCCUUUCUGUUGGCACUUAGCCAGGCUACACUCCUUUAUGCUCUACCUACUCGAGAUAAGGUUCAAGUUCCCGACGAGAUAGAGAAACGGGAAAUCACUCUUUCUUUGAACCUUGACGCUACGACCAGCUACAGCUCUGUUUUUCCAUCUUCCGUCCAAUCUGUGGCGGUGACCUUGGUACCAUCCGUUACCGGUUCUAUACAUACGCAACUCCCAUCCCAUGGCUUCACACGAGGACCGCUGGACGGUCCCCAAAUCUCGGCUCCAAUGGGACCCCUUUCACCCAUCCAAGCAACUUUGCAACCACAGCUUACAGCUGCAGCACGACAGCCGGAUCCGAACAUCUUCAUGCCUAUGGAGAGCGAUGCCCCACCGCAACAGAUCAAAGCUCGCAACGACCAUGCCGUUCCAAAAGAACACAUACUCGAUCAAGACAUCCCAAUUGAAACCAACAAAUUCUAUUCGAAUUUCUUCCUAGGUACGCAGACUCAACCCGUAUGGUCUCACCCGUACGCAUUGAAUUGGGCAAAAGGCCAUGGCGACACCUUCGGAAUAGCAGUCGCCCACAUCGAGCGAGACCAGCUUGCCUGGGGCGAAGGCGACGUACCUCGCUACUUCAUCGGGCCUGUCGGGGUUCAAAACAUCGUUUUCUCUGCUGCUGAACUUGCAAACGAUACGGUAUUGUCCGUGGAAGAGCCAACUGGAUUCUCCGUCUACGCCAACCUGGCACCUUUUUCUGGCGCCGAUACCAUCAUGUCCAUCCCAGUUGUGCAAGGCAUGGGGUUCGUCACUGCGCUGUACAAUAAAGCCAAACCGCAACUCAACAGUGGGACUUUCUUCCGUACGCUUGAAUAUGUCGAAAAGCUCAAUGGGGUCACCUUCAAGUACAGAGUGACGUUGGAGGAUGAUUCAGAGUGGCUACUCUACGCCACGCCUGUGGCAUCACUAGGCGCAGUCCCGUUCGAUCUGGUAGACAGUGCUAUCAUCGAGGGCCCUGAGAACUUCAUCGGCAUGAUUCAAGUCGCGAAGAACCCGGCCAACAGCUCCGGCGAAGCAGUAUACGAUUCGACGUGUGGCGCUUACGCAGCGGGCGCCGGCAUCAGUGGCUCCGUAGACGGCAGUGUUGGUAGUUAUACCAUCCACUACACCAAGAACGGCGUGCAGAACCAAACGCUCGUCAUGUUUGCCCUGCCUCAUCAGGUUGAAUCGUUUUCGGAUCAGACGAGAGCGGCGCUCACAGACAUCUCUCUUUCGACCGUCACGAAGGGCUAUGCCAGGGCAGUCGUGGCCGACUCCAUCACCAUGGUCGAGCAAGACCUCCCGACUACAAUCGACUUCGCGCCAUGGAUCCCAGCGUCCGACGGCGGUUCCGGCGGCGGUUCCAACACGAAUCUCGGGGCCAUCGCAAUGGCUGCCGUCAGCCGUGCCGGGGCCCUAGAAUUGAACGAAGACUUCGACCACCAGACGCGCCUCAACAGCAUGUACUACAGCGGCAAGGGACUCGCCAAAUUCGCCGGCAUCAUCUACACUCUCCAAUCGCUCGCCCAGAACACCGAGCUCGCGGCAGCCGGCCUCGUGAAACUGAAAGACGCCUUCCACGUCUUCGUCAACAACACGCAGCCCUUCCCUCUAGUUUACGACAACGUGUGGCGGGGCGUCGUAUCCUCCGGGACCUACAAGAACGGCGACACGGGCGUCGACUUCGGCAACUCCCUCUACAACGACCACCACUUCCACUACGGCUACUUCGUGUGGACGGCCGCGGUCAUCGGGUACCUCGACCCCUCGUGGCUGGAAGAAGACAACGGCGCCAACAAGCACUGGGUGAACCUCCUCGUCCGCGACUACGCCAACCCCAGCUCCCUCGACCCGUACUUCCCCUUCCAACGCUCCUUCGACUGGUUCCACGGCCACUCGUGGGCGAAAGGGCUCUUCGAGUCCGGCGACGGCAAGGACCAGGAGUCCUCUUCCGAAGACACCUUCUCCACCUACGCGCUCAAGAUGUGGGGGAAAGUCACGGGCGACGCCAACAUGGAGGCACGGGGUAAUCUGCAGCUCGCCGUGCAGUCCCGCAGCAUGCGGAACUACUUCCUGCUCGAGGACGACAAUGCGGUGCAGCCGGAGCAGUUCCUGCCGAAUAAGGUCACGGGCAUCUUGUUUGAGAAUAAGGUCGACCACACGACGUACUUUGGCGGGAAUAAGGAGUACGUGCAGGGGAUUCAUAUGAUCCCGCUCAACCCGUCGAGUGCGUAUACGAGGAGUAGGAAGUUCGUGCAGGAGGAGUGGGAUGCGUAUUUUAGUGAUGGGAGGGUGGAUAAGGUGGAGGGGGGUUGGAAGGGGAUUCUGUAUGCGAAUCUGGCGCUGAUUGAUCCGAGGGCGGCGUACGAUUUCUUUGCGGAUCCGAAGUUCGAUAUCGCGCAGUUGGAUGGUGGGGCCAGUAGGACGUGGUAUCUGGCUUAUGCGGCGGCGAUGCUGGGGGACGGUACUGCGGGUGUUGGGACUGUGGAUGCGAGUGAGGAGGAGGUUGAGCCACCGGAGGGAGAGGAAGGGGAUGUAGAGACUGCGCAAGAGGAGGAAUGGAGUCCCGAAGAAGAACACGAUCAAGAAGGUCAAGAAGAUGUCGAAGAAGUGCGUGAAGAACGUCCGCCAGAGGAGAGCCUCGAAGAGGUUGAAAGUGACCCUCUACCGACUGAGGAAGGCGACGUCGACAUUGUCGACGAGAACGCAGAAGAAGAGUGGACUCCAACAGAAGAUGAAGAAACACCUGGGGGGUUUGAAGGUGACGACAUUGAAGACGGGGACGAGGAGGGCUGGUUCCAUGAAAACAAGUCGUGGGAAGAAGAGAAUCAGGACCCCGAUGACAAUCAGCUUCCCAGGCGACAUCGACACGGAGGAGGGAGACACCCUCGUCCUGACAGCGGAUGGCGGUUCUCUCCCUGGGACAAACGUCACGAGUAA